AAGAAUCAAUCCGCUGCCGGGCACCUACAGUCGAUGCUAGUUCCUCCUCCGCUGUGACGGACACCCUGUCGCUGUUAUCGAUUGAACUCAAUACAUAACCGUGUUUAUGAUCGAUUGGUAUCGGGGUCUGUUCAGCGUGGUGAUGUCACAAGGUGUUUGACGGCUGGAGGAGGAUGAGGAGGAGCUAGCUGCUGCUGUUGGAGGAGGAGGAGGAGGUAACGGGAGCUCAACUUGCCCUCUCACACAUGAGGAGCUCAGUCCGGGCUCUGCUGCUUCCUCCUCGGGAGAAAACCAGACGCAACACAAGAUUAUCCCAGCAGGGAUGUACGUCCAAGAUUCAACAAUGGCUUUUUGAGACCGGCAGAGAAUUUGCCCUCCUGGGACACACACACACACCAACCUUUCUCUUUUCCUUGUUCCACUCCCUCUACUUGGAUUCAACUGCCUGGAAUCAUUUGUUCCUCUUUACCACUCCCCCCAUCACUGUCCUGUUACCUCCUCUGAGUCGAGGCUGAGGGCUGUAAAUCAGGAUGGUUGCCGAGGCAGACACGGGCUCUCAGAGCAGUGGUCUGCGGCUGAAGCAGGAGAUUUCCCUCCUCCAUGGGGUCUGUCUCAUCGUGGGAAAUAUGAUUGGUUCUGGCAUCUUCGUCUCACCUAAGGGGGUUCUUCUAUAUACAGGCUCGUUUGGCCUGUCACUGGUAGUGUGGGCCAUUGGAGGAAUAUUUUCCGUUUUUGGAGCGUUAUGCUACGCUGAGCUUGGAACAACUAUCCAUAAAUCUGGAGCUUCCUACGCCUACAUCCUUGAGGCCUUUGGAGGCUUCUUAGCUUUUAUUCGACUGUGGACGUCAUUGUUGAUAGUGGAACCAGCCUGUCAGGCAGUGAUAGCCCUGACCUUCUCCAACUACCUAGUCCAGCCUUUUUACCCAACGUGUUCAGCCCCCUACAAUGCUGUCCGUCUCAUCGCUGCUGCCAUUAUAUGUCUCUUGACUUGUGUGAACUGCAUGAAAGUGAAAUGGGGCGCUAUUCUUCAGGUCUUCUCCACCGUAGCCAAGGUUCUCGCUCUCAUCGUCAUCAUCAUCACUGGCAUGGUUAAGCUGGCACAAGGUUUUGACCAGAACUUUGAGGACUCAUUCAAAGGGUCCAAGCUGAACCCUGGCGACAUGGCCUUGGCCUUUUAUUCAGCGCUCUACUCCUACUCAGGCUGGGACACACUCAACUUCAUCACAGAGGAAAUCAAGAACCCCAAAAGGAAUUUGCCCUUAUCCAUCGCUAUUUCCAUGCCUAUUGUAACAGUGAUCUACAUCUUGACCAACGUAGCUUAUUACGUCGUCAUGGAUGCAGACCAAGUGCUCAACAGUGAGGCUGUUGCCGUGACAUUUGCAGAUGAGGUGCUGGGCUGGGGUCGCUGGUUGAUCCCUCUGGCUGUGGCCAUUUCCUGCUACGGAGGUCUCAACUCCUCCAUCAUCGCUGCCUCCAGGUUGUUUUUUGUUGGUUCCAGAGAAGGCCACCUACCUAACGUCCUGUGUAUGAUCCACAUUAAGCGUUUCACUCCAAUUCCUGCCCUGCUUUUCAAUGGUGGCAUGUCUCUGUUGUAUCUCUCGGUGCCUGAUGUGUUCCAGUUGAUUAACUACUUCAGUUUUAACUACUGGUUGUUCAUCGGUCUCUCAAUUGCCAGCCUGAUAUAUCUUCGCUUCAAAGCUCCUGAUCUGCCUCGACCUGUUAAGCUGUCCCUGUUCUUCCCGAUCGUUUACUGCCUGUGCAGCGUCUUCCUGGUGGUGGUGCCUCUCUACAGCGACACCAUCAACUCUCUUGUAGGAAUUGCUGUGGCGCUGUCCGGAGUACCAGUCUACUUCCUAUGCAUCCACUUGCCACCCUCCUCCAGACCAGCCUUCUUAACAAAUAUACUCGACAGGAGCUCUCUGGUCACCCAAAAACUGUGCUUGUGUUGUGCGGCCUCCAGUGACAUUGAUCUGGAUAACGUUGACCCAGAAAAGAUCGAGUGACGGACCGACAAAGUUCUCUAAAUGUGGAAGAAAUGGGAGGAUGAGUGAAAGACGGAAGCUGCAGACAAUCAGAAUUUGGAUGUGUAUGGUUGGAUCGAUUUUUAAAGUAAAAAAUGCACACAUUAGUUCAACACACCUCAAUCCCUGCUCUCUCUUUCUCUCACUCUCUCUCUCUCAUGGCACUGCCCAGAUUAACUCACUUAAGAGCACAUUCACAUGGUGGCGCACAAUGAAGUGUUGGUUCUACGAUUCCAUCCUCACAUGCUCAAACACUGCAACUCACAAGCACAUGAGCUGAAAGCCUUACGGUGACACUGAAACACAAAAGAAAUAAUAAUCCGGUCCACAGUGACUUGACUCAGCAGAAAGGGCUGAGCUGAUUGAUUCAAUAAUAGGAGAAAGUUAUAGACAAUACACUGGUGGGGAAAAAACAUUGUGUUCAUGCCUUGCAUGUUAAUGAAGCUGGUGACCCCUCGUCACAGUUUGGAAAUGUCAGUAGGUUGUUUCAUUCUUCCGUCUUUUUUUAAGAACCUUAAGGUCAUAAAAUUCCUCAGUCCCUGAAAGAAAGAAGCCUUGUUUCCAGAUGUAUAAUUACAUACGUGUGAAGUUAAACUAACGCACGACAGACAGAAGGUGAAUUUAGAAAGUGCUAUGAAUGGCGACAAUUUUGCACAUUUUCUCUUUGUUGUAUAAUUACCGUGUUUAUAGAAAGCUUUAUUCGUAUCUUUGAACUGAACUAAAGGACCAAAUGAACACGUGUCGAGGUUUUGUAGGAAUUAGCGAAGAAAAGAGAUUAAAUACAAAAGUGCUGUUAUUUCUGUCAGUCAGUUUAAGCCAGGUGAGUCUGUUGACUCUUGGUUUUAUUUAAAGAGGGGUAAUCCUACAUGAUCAUAGCUCUGUCAACAUGAACGUCCUUCCUGUGAACUCUUUUUUUCUCUCUUCAGCAAAAUCCUUUGUUUGCAUCUUCAGGGCUGUGUUUGAUGUCUGGGGCCUCCUAGUGGCCUCAAGCAGCAAUGUCCCAGGUGUCACUCAUAAGUUUAUAUUUGUUUUGUGUAUGUUGCUCCUGUUGUUUAUCACCUCAUUCUCUCAAAUGUUACUGAAAUCAAAUGGGCUUUAAAAGUCAAAGGUCACGUGAACUGAUUGAUUGUGUGUUUGUUCCAUGGGGACGUCUGUGUUGAUAGAAACCUCAGGAUCGACCAUGCUGGUGUGCACACGCUGUUGCAGAUUUUUAUUCUUACUCGCUCUUGUCUUAAGAAUUAGUAUUACAGUUAAGAUAUAUAACCCAAUAUUGUCUAGAUCACCAACUUGAACCAUUUAUUCCACGGUACGUAACUAAAAGUGUGUUGAGCCUAGUGAGAACAUUGUAGCUUUAGUUUGGGCCACAGGCAGAGACGAGCUGAACUUUGGUGUUAGCGUUGUUCUCUCGUCCUUAGUGACUGUACGUGCCUUCUGUAAACGUGGUCAGAAAAAGGCCUGCUCUGCUUUUGAUAUCGUAACGUACUUUACCGUGAGCACAGUCAUACUGACACACGUUGCUGUAGGAGUUGCCAAACAUUCCUCAGGAUAUAUUUUUUCCUGUUUUCAGCCCAAGUGGCUUCUUGAACCAGAUGUUGUCGUUGAGGUCAGUGAACUUUCAGCUGGAAAUAAUCAGGGCUCAGCUUAAAUUUAUUUAGUGUCUUCUCAUAAGCACCUUCAUAACACCAGCCAACAGAAGAACACGUGUAUAUCUGUAAUGUUGCUUUCUCUGGAGUCGAUAUGUAAACCAAACCAGCCAGUUGUGUGUGUGUGUGUGUGUGUGUGUGUGUGUGUGUGUGUGUGUGUGUGUGUGUGUGUGUGUGUGUGUGUGUGUGUGUGUGUGUGUGUGUGUGUGUGUGUGUGUGUGUGUGUGUGUGUGUGUGUGUGUGUGUGUGUGUGUGUCAUUUGCCAUAUAUCUGGAGUAAAGAAUAUUUCUAUGUAUCAUCAUGUUAUGAACUGUUCUAUACACAAAUUUGUGUUUUCUGAUCAGGUUCAUUUCUGUGUUUGAUUGUUUUUAUUUAUUAUAUUCUGGACCUUAAUAUAAAACAAGAAACCGAGGCAGGAAUGUGACGUAUGUUUUUAUCUGAAUAAAGACAAGUACAUAAUGUGCAUUACAAA